AUGCGUUAUGAGUUCAACGCGGUAGGAGAGACGCAGGAGUCGCCUAGGUGGCAGGCGCAUAGCGCGCCAUUCCCAAGACGCACGCAUACAUGCGGUGCUCUGACUGCCGAGGAUGUGGACAGAACGGUUGUAUUGACUGGAUGGCUGGUGCCAAAGGGGAGAGUCAGCAAGAAACUCUCGUUCUUUGGACUGCGUGACUCCUACGGUACGACGCAACUAGUAGCAGAUGCAAGGUCAUGCAGUCCAGAACUCCUCGCUGCUAUGCGAGACGUGCCUGAGGAGUCCACUGUCCUGGUAGAGGGCCUCGUACGGCAGAGGCCUGAGUCCCAACGACGCGACAAUCCCGCAGGUCACGUUGAAGUGAUUGUCAAGUCGUUCACGCUGUUGAAUCCGGCAGACCGGAACAUGCCCUUCAUGCCGUUCGAUACUCAAAAUCUGGCAAAUGAAGAUCUCAGAUUGCGUUAUCGCUACCUCGACCUUCGUCGAACAGAGCUUACUACCAAUCUGAAGAAGCGAAGUGACGUAGCCUUCCUCGUUAGAUCAACGUUACAUGCCGAAGGGUUCACCGAGGUCGAGACCCCCAUGUUGUUGAAUUCGACUCCAGAAGGGGCGCGGGAAUACCUCGUCCCUACCCGCGUGAAGCAGUCCUCGUCGGACGGCCCCGCCCAGCCUAUGUUCUACGCGCUCUCUCAAUCGCCUCAGCAACCCAAACAGCUCUUGGUCGCAUCGGGUGCUGUUGACCGUUACUUCCAGCUCGCACGCUGUUUCAGGGACGAGGAUGGGCGGAAGGACAGACAGCCUGAGUUUACGCAGGUUGAUCUCGAGAUGGCUUGGGUUAGUUGGGGUCGCCCUCCAUCGAAUGAUGCUACGUCGCAGGACCCGUGGAGGAUAGGCGGUCAUGAGGUCCGAGAAGUUGUCGAAACGGUCAUUCGACGAAUAUGGCGCAAGACCGAAGGUAUAGAGCUUGAGAGUAGGUUCCGGGUGAUGACAUACGACGAAGCGAUGGGUAAGUAUGGCUCCGACAAACCCGACUUGAGGUUUGGACUGGAGAUACAAGACAUAACCCCCCGACUACGUGAACCUAUUCGCAGCGCACUAGAGGCUCGCGGCGAGAUCGUCGAGGUCCUCAGUGUCACCGCACAUCCAGACCAUGCACCAUUCCACCGUUCCUCACGAGAGGUAGAACUCCCGCCUGGAGUCGAGCGUCUCGAGGUGAAGAGCGGCGUAGACUCCAACUGGCUGAACCAGAGCCAGACAAUCCGCAGGAUCCUUCCAGGCUCCGAUCAUGUUCUUGACGCCUCCGACCUCAACGCCUCCCUGGGCCUGACCUCAGGCGGGUCGGUCUGGCUCGCCACGCGCAGUCGGCGUCCAGAAGGCGGGUGGACCCCACUUGGCCGCCUGCGCAUCGCACUCUCCGAAGCGGCCCAGCGCAGCGGCGACCUCGUGCUCAGCGACGACCCCAAGUUCCUUUGGGUGACGGAGUUCCCACUGUUCACGCGAGCAGACGAGGACAAGGAGUUCCUCGCGCACGGGCGGUGGAGCAGCUCGCACCACCCGUUCACUGCGCCGAUGUAUGAGGACAUCGAGAAGAUGUAUGCUGGGUGCAUCGAAGAGGUCCGCGGGCAACAUUAUGACCUUGUCCUGAAUGGGGUCGAGAUUGGCGGAGGGUCUGUCAGGGUGCACGAUGCCGCCGUGCAGGAGUAUAUAUUCAAAUAUGUCUUGCAGCUCGAUAAGAAGGAGAGAAUUUCCUUCAAUCACCUUCUGCACGCUCUACGGUGUGGUGCUCCCCCGCACGGAGGGUUUGCCUUUGGCUUCGACCGCUUGAUGGCUAUCCUCUGCAGGACCUCGUCGAUUCGGGACGUCAUCGCGUUUCCCAAAACCGCUGCCGGGACCGAUCUCCUUUUUAAGAGUCCCUCACCAUCCACAGCCGAAGUCCUCGCGCAAUACGCCCUCCGGCGACACUCUUAA